GGAGCCAGUUGAUAUAUAUAUUUAAAAAAAAAUAUUUGGGCCUGGAAUACCCCUUUAAGUUCAACUAGGUGCCUUAGACCAUGACUGGGAAUGUAUGUCAAUGAUAUUCUUCCCCUCUGGAGAGAUUUCUGGCUUGGCCAACAUUCCCAGUCAUGUUCCAAGACAUCUAGUUACACUGAAACACUGACUACCUGGAAAGGGCAGCGCGAGGGAGCUGUUUUCCAUUUCCUUCCUUCCCAUACUUAUAGAUGGCAUGUCUGCCCAUUCCUAUAGUGAUUCCCCCGGUUUUCGCAUGUGCAGUGCUUGUUUGCCAAACAGUGUUGUCAAAAAUAUUAGGAUUCAAAUGUUUUUUGUAUUCCUUCCCUAAAUUGCUUUCCGAGUAUUCUGAGUAAGUUGACCAAAGUAUGUUCCAGAACUCGAACGCAGCCCAUAUGCCAAAGCUACAGCCGAGCUCCUCGCUAUCUCAGCUGACGAAACCUUCUCAGAGCAGCUCCGAUUUGCCGGGGGUCGGCAUUUUAGCAGGCAGUACCCAGCACUUAAAGAACCUCGGCAAGGCUGUAGGCGCCAAAGUGAACGACUUUCUACGAAGGAAAGAACUGGACCGAGGGGACAUCGGUAUCACGGAAGUCAACAAGAACGUAGCCUCAGUGCUGACCACCAAGGAGCGGACCCUCAGUCUUGGGGAUGAAGAAAUAUCCAAGUUUGUGGAGAGUUUCCCCCGACUUGAGCCUCCUCCGCCAGUAGCAAAAAAGCGAGUCUCCCGAGCAUUGAAGACGACCCAAGAUAUGAUGAUCUCCCCCAACCCCGUAUUGAGCAGUCCAGAGAAGCUAGUCGUCUCUUCCGUCGAUAGCUUGGAUUUAGCCAUCGAUAUCUCUUCUGAAAACAUCAUCGAAAUCUCUGACCCCCAAACGCCCCAAUCCCUGCCGGAUACUGUAUCCAAUGGAAACACUGAAGAGGAUGAUUCGGAGCCUACAGAGACCCAAAAUGAAGUCUUUCCUGAGAUCGCCCUAUCUGUCCCGGACCUAAUACACAAGGAGUCGCCUGACACAAAUUUCAGGGAACCAUCUGACAAAAAAGGAGUGAAGCCCUGCGUCAGCCAGGAAGACCUCAUAGAAAGCCAAGCCAAUGAUUCUGAAUGGAGUUCUUGGCCAAGGAAAGCCGCUUUAGAUACUGAGGGUCCGCACCCGGACCUACUGUCAUUCGAGUAGAAUAUUCAGAAGACUUUGUAAUAGUCUCAUCACUGGACGCCCAAAGCUGGUCUGUGUGUGUUCUUCUGGGCCAUGAGCAUAGCUGGGUAUAGGUCCCUCGUGUGAAUCCGCUGUCACAUGACAUCGGUGAGGAGCAAUUACUGCCCAAUGAAGUCAUAUUCUUAAAGGGGUAUUCUCAUCUCAAGGAUCGUCUUUAAAAUAUGUCCCAGACGUAAAAUGAAGUAUAUUUUAUUUUUAAAUUUUUUUUUCCAUUCUCUCUGCUGCUCAAUAGAAGUGAACGGGUUGGCUCCCAGUAUACACAGUAGUGCCCAGCCACCUCCAUACAUGGAACUAAAUAGGGCAUGUGCAGUAUCCCACAGCCAAUUGUCUGCUGCAUCAUAUAGGUCAAAAGGAAGGCUUCCCGAAUGCAAAGUAGCUCCCAGCCUGGCCACAUUUGCUGCUCCAUAGAAGUGAAUAGGGUGGCUCCUUGGGCAUGUGCAGUAUCUCAUAGCCAAUUCUCUGCUGCAUUAUAGCGGUCAAGAGGAAAGCUUUUAGAAUGCACCGUAGCUCCCAGCCUUGUGACAUCUGCUUCAUAGAAGUGAACAGGAUGACUCCCAGUAAACUCCCUUACUUCCCAGCCCAGCCACCUCCAUACGGCUCCAUGGAAGUAAAUAGGGCAGGCGCAGUAUCUCACAACCAACUUUCUGCUGCACAAUAGAGGUGAACAGUAAGGCUUCCUGAAUGCACAUUGACUCCCAGCCUGACCACAUCUAGAGCGCCAUAGAAGUGAAUAGGGUGGCUCCUUGGGCAUGCGCAGUAUCUGACAAUUCUCUGCUGCUUCAUAGAGGUAAAUAGGAAGCCUUCUAGCCUUAGAAGUAAAUAGGAUGGCUUCCAGCCUGCCCACUAUAUUCUAUAGAAGGGAAUAGGAGAGUUCGCAGCCUGUCCACUACUAGUCCGUCAAAGUAAAUAGGACUGCUCCCAGCCUGCCCACUACUAGUCCAUAAAAGUGAAAAGGACGGCUCCCAGUCUGCCCACUAUUAGUCCAUAGAAGGGAAUGGGACGACUCCCUGCCUGGCCACUACUAGUCCAUAUAAGUAAAUAGGACUGGUCCCAGUCUGCCCACUACUAGUCCAUAGAAGGGAAUGGGACGACUCCCUGCCUGGCCACUACUAGUCCAUGUAAGAAAAUAGGGCAACUCCCAGUCUGCCCACUACUAGUUCAUAGAAGAGAAUAGGACAGCUCCCAGCCUGCCCACUAUUAGUCCAUAGAAGGGAAUAGGAGAGUUGCCAGCCUGCCCACUACUAGUCUGCGAAGUGAAAGCGACUGCUCCCUGCCUGCCCACUACUAGUCCAUAGAAGGUAAUAGGACGGCUCCCAGCCUGCCCACAACUAGUCCAUAGAAGGUAAUAGGACGGCUCCCAGCCUGCCCACGACUAGUCCAUAGAAGGGAAUAGGACUGCUCCUUGUCAUAUAUAGUAGCUCCAAGCAUGCCCGCCUAAAUAGGACAGCUCCGAGGCAUGCAAAGUAUCUUGCGGCUAUCCCUCUGCUGCUUCAUAGAAGUGAAUAGCAUGACUCCCGGGCACGCACAGUAGUUUCCGGCCUGCACACUUUUUAGCUUCUGGACCCAAGUGAAUAGGAUGACUUCUGGGCAUGCGCAGUAGUCGUCUUAUUCAGCUGUUCUCGACAUGAAGUUUCCAUGACCCUACAGAACAGCAUAAAGCAUCGAUAGUUCUAUUUACAAAUAUAGAGAUUUUAUCUUCCGCUCUGUAGCAAGCGCCAUCACUGUGCGGUGUUGGCGGUCACUGUCUGCCACCCGCGAGGAUAUCAGUAAACAGUAUACAUAGCAGCGCGGAAAGCGCACAAGGGAAGGGACAUAACCCCUUCCACCAUACCAGAGAAGACUGGGAGUAGAUGUGAAGAUAAAACACACUAUAUAGUACAUACACUACAUAGAGGUGGAAUACGUUGCGUUUGUCAUCGCUAUGGUGACGGUGGAGACGAGAAUACCCCUUUAACUUCAUCUAGGGUUGGAAGUAAGUGUCCGUUCCAUCAAUGCCUUAGUACGCCAUGUUGUUUAUACCAUGAGAUUGUAAAAAAAAUUAAUAAAAUUGCACAUAGUAGAAUAGGUAGGUAGACCCUCGGGGGUUGGCCGAUGUGAAAGUUAUCAAACAUUUCAUGCUCAACGUGACUCCUGUUGCCUUAGUCUUUUUGGAACUUUUUCGAGACCAUUUCACCUAUUUUGACCAUAUAUUGUGGUUCCAGGAGGGCGGAUAAUGGGGGGAGAGUUAUGGAAACUAGCGCUCCGCAGGGGCGGGACUGUUGUUGAUAUAAGCCAAUCAAAUAUCAGCUUUCUGAAACCCUAUGGAGCAGACUUCUCCAGCUGCCAGAGUUGUAGUUUUGAAACAGCUGGAGAGAUGCAGGUUGGGGGAACACGUUGCUUCAAUAAGUCGUAGUGGCCCUCCAGAUAUUGCAGAACUACAACUCCCAGCAUGCCCGGACAGCCAACGGCUGUCCGGGCAUGCUGGGAGUUGUAGUUUUGCAAUAUCUGGAGGGCCAUAGGUUGGAGACCAAUGGGUUAGUUGACUGUAAAGAAGUUUUUUAUAUAUCCACGGAAGGUAGAAAAUUUCUACAUUUAGUAACUUCAUAUGGGAGUCUGUAUCAUUGAUCUAUAGAAUGGAGUAUUUUUAUUUUAUUUUUUUGCAGUUUUUCUAAUCAUUGUAUAUAUAUAUUAUAGCGGCAUGCAAUAUCUGAUGUGUAUAAUAUGUGACACUUAUUCUAUUUUGUUAGAAACAAAAUGACGUAUAUUCCUGUAUAGAAUUUACGAAGGAAAAUCCCACUUUUUAAAGGGGGUUCUCUGCCGCCAGACACGUUACCCCUAUCCAAAUGAUGGGGGAUAAACAUGUCUGAUCGCAGGGGGGCUCGGCCGCAGGGGACCCCCACGAUCUCUGCCGCGGCACCCCAGUCAUCCGGUGCAUAGAGGGAACUCCGCUCUAUGCCGGAUGACUGGCGACCACAGACGCCACGCCCCCUCCAUUCAUGUCUAAGGCAGGAGGCGUGUACCCCCCUCCCAUAGAGAUGAAUGGAGGGGGCGUGGUGUGACGUCACGAACACGGAAGCUCCAAACGUCAGUGUUCAUGAAUGCCGCUGUGCCGACCGGGCCUCCACGAUAAGACAUGCUUAUCCCCUAUCCUCUGGACAUGUCUAGGGGCGGAGUAUCCCUUUUAACGCUUUGAGCUCAAUACACUACUAAUAUGACUAGUUUUAUAUAUAUAUAUAUAUAUAUAUAUAUAUAUAUAUAUAUAUAUAUAUAUAUAUAUAGCCCGUUUCGUGUAGGAAGCUGCGCGCGUCAAUCUCUAUAGAAUGUUUUUGAGAGUUUUUUUCUAUUUUUAUAUUCCCAGCCAUAGCGGCGAAUGGAUAUUCUAUUAUUCGUAGAGUCUUCGAUGGAUAGAUUUUUUAAUGUAAAUGAUGUUACAAAGUCUGGAUACAUUUCACACAUAUACUGUAUGUUCUACCAUGCUGGUAUAUUGGUUAUGGCUGUAAUUAGAGAAGAGCGAACUUACAGUAAAUUCGA